AUGUCCACAACCAACUACUCCAUCGCCUCCAUCAUCGCCGCCUACGGAGUAGGAGCCGCCCCUCACGGCUACUACCUUGUCCAAAUGAUGGCCAAUGCAAAAGGCCAAGCGAGUAAUAUCCUUCCCCGCGAGAACCUCUCCAAAUUGAAAGGCAACAUCCCUGCCGCGGUAUGGGAUACAAUGGCCAGGGCCCGCGGCGCGCAUUCAAAUGCCAUGGAGGGAUUGCCGAUGUUUGCAGCUGCUAUGAUAGCAGGAAACGUGGCGAAACUUCCCGCUGAUGAGCUGAAUGUUCUGGCGGCGGAGUAUAUUGGGGCGAGGAUUUUGUAUACGGCGGUGUAUAUGGGCGUCAGGUCUGAAGCGCUGAGUUAUCUGCGGACGGGUGUGUGGGCAUGGAGUUUGUCGAUUCCGAUCUGGGGACUUGCUAGAGCUGGGAGGGCGUUGAAUGCGGAGUAG